AUGAGUACAAUGCAGGGGCACCGCAGGUACUCUUACAACGCCGCACCAGAGGUGUGCACCCCGUCUUCUGCACGGAGGAUGCUGCGACGGCGGUCCUCUGUUGAUUCAGCGCGGUAUCCCUCGGGAAACGAACAGCAGAAGCAGAAGCUUCAAGGCUUCCUUACAUUGCGCCGCACUUCGCUCAGUGGUAGCAGCGUGGGUAUUGGUGGUGGCGAGUCUACUACUAUCGUCAGUGGCAGGCGUUUCGUUAGCCCUGCAUCGCAGGGUCUGCGCCGCGAUUCGCCGCGUUCUGUCGAGGCUGCAACUGCCAACAAUGUCGUUGCAGUGCGUCGCAAAGGGGCCGCUGAGGUACGGUGCAAGUACUGCUCUCAACCGCUUUUGCCAGAAGCCGUCACUGACCACGACCGCUACUGCCCCCUGAAACCAAUGGCCUGCACGCGUGUCGACCCACGGACAGGUGUCGUGUGCGGUUACAUAUGCCGCGGGAGGGAUAUGCUUGCAAAGCACGAGGCUCAGUGCACCGUGACGCGUCGCGGUAGUGAAACACCAGUAAAGAAGAAGCACAGCCACUGCAAGAAGAGCGAUGCCAGUGACUCUCAGAACGGGUUGCAUUCAACGGAGGCUCUGGUUUGUCACCAAUGCGAUAAGGUGUUCAGUGUGCUGGCCGAACUGGUGCAGCACGGUAAGGUGUGUCCUGGGGUGGAGGUCCCGUGCCCGCUUUUAUGUGGCAAAAUGCUUUGCCGCGGUGAUAUCGAGCAGCACGUGCGGGAAGAGGCCAUGCAGCAUGGGCCGCUGCGCAUCCCUAAUUCAACGGACUUCGCUGCGGAAGACCCAAGGGUGGUAUUGGCCCUCGUCAUGAACCUUCUCUUGGAAAAGGCAGGCACUGUGGCGAGCACUGGCUCACCGACGCACGCAAACGGUGGAAUGUCGAUGGUGCGCCCCUGCAUUCAAACGGUGCAGUCUGCAAAUGCUGGUAGCAGCAGCUUGACUGGUUCACGGCGAUCCUCUCUGUAUUCCGUGGGGGGUGGAUCGAAGCCAAUGCUGAUAAAUUCUAAUACCUUCGCUAACCAAGUCAAUCGCUCUUGCAUUUCCCCCGCGACACCGUCGAGCAUCGUAGAAGCACUUCCUGUGCCACGGGCGUUUGUUCCAGAACCAAUCGCCCGAGAUGGAAACUGCACUCCCCUUAUAAAUAAGCAAGUGGGGUUGGUCCGGCCCUUCAGGGAGACCUCGCUGUCCGCGAAAGAGGAGUCAGAAUCUGUAAAAGAUAACUCAUGUUCCGUGAAGGAAGGCUCAGGAUCCAUGAAGGGGUCUUCUGUGUAUGAAGAAGAACAGCACUCUAUUACUCCAACAGGAAUAACUGCGAAACGCUAUACCACUGUGAGUAAGACGGUAGAAGCUGUAACGGAGAGCGCCUAUGAGCGACGUGUCGAGGAGCUUCUCCACUGCAUUGGCCUCCAAUGCAAGGAUGUUGUUAGGCUGAAGGAGCAGUACUUCUCGAAGAACCCAGGGUUAAUGGAUGAAACAGCGCAGCAACAACUUGCCGAAGAUCUACAAGCCACUAUAAAAAUGAUUGAUGCUAAAAACAAAGAGGUCCACAUCCGGGUGAUGGACCUUGUUGAGCAGAAUGGAGUUGCACCGGCGCAUGUGAUGAAGUUACUAGAGAGAUGGAGAUCGCUUGAUCACUCUUGGUACGAAGCAAAAUUCGCUCUGUAUGACCACGUGAUGGUGCAGCCUACAUAG